AAAAAAGAAGACAGCAAACAGGGUGACUGUGCACGUAUGUCUGUUUCAUUCCUCGCAGCGACCGAUGAGGAUGAGGGUGACGGCUGCUGUGCUCUUGGCUGUGCUGCUGGCAAUCGCAGCGUGCUUGUGGCUGCUUGUUGCGGUGACGGCGACGAUGCUGGACGGGCUUGAAAGUCAUGAAGGAGUGGACCCCUACACGGAGGACGCGUGCCCUGCGGAAUGGAAGUGGCACAACUUGACCAUGUUUAAGGAGCUCGCAAGCUUUUCUGUCUUUCCUCUGGCUCCUCGUCGUGCUGCUUGGAUCGACUCUCCCGGUUUGAUGGUCUGGCCAAAGUCCUUGGCGAGACUCAUCUUGCGCAACCACUCGUCUGACACAUGCCUGAUGGGCUCGAAACACUCGCAGCUUGCAUCUUCGGUAUGUCCCGUCAAGAACAGCGCCUCUGACCGCACUCAAUGGCGCUGGAGUGGCCUGGAGCUGCUGGAGUUGCUGCUGGCCCUGAGUCCACUGAUAGCGCUACCCAUGGUGUGGCUGAUGCGACAAGUCUUCUUGUUCAACAACCGCAACUGCGAGGAGAACAGAGCGGCUUGGUCAACGUUGAUUCCGCGUCACCUAAGCGCGAUCUUAGUGUGCAACACCUUCACCUCCAGUGCUCUCCUUUUCACUUUGCACCACCUGAGGGGUCAGUAUCAGGAAUCCGAUUGGAUUGCUGUGCUCGUGUUUCAGCUCAUUUUCUACGCGAUUGGUCUGAUGGUCUUGCUGGUGGUUGCCCAGAUGCUGCGCGAUGGCAUGCGCCGUGUCCUUUACAACACUGCUGACCCCCACGACGCCCUGUUUGAGCACAUGCACGUCUUCAUCGCUGAGGAAAACGAAGGUGAUGAGGACGAAGACGAAGGUGAUUGGGAGGAAGAUGAGUGGGACGUUGACGAUGAUGAUGACGAACAGGAUGCACUGUUUCAGAUGGCUCAACCUUGGCCUCAGGAUGGGAUGGGUCCACACCUGCUACCUGUGCCACGCUGGCUGGUUCUGCGGUGGCGACGGCAACGCCGCGACGAUGACCAGCGCGCCCGCCCAGACGAGGACAUACACCGGCGUCUUGGAUGGGUGUGUCUGCGUGUAGGCACUCCAUUGCGUACAUCCAUAUUGUGCGAUGUAUGACCUGCUUUCCCUUCCCUCAACCUCCCUCUCCUAAUAAAAUAAACGAACAACAACAGUG